AUGCCCCGCGCUGUCAUCUCUUGGAGGAAGCUCAUCCCAAAGUCGUCCAAGACAACUAGUGAUCCAGCGUCGAUCGAGGUGCCGGAGUCCAGCCCAGCCACUCCUAGCAAGACGGGUUCGAAGGUGCCUUCACAAGACGAACGCAGUUCUCGACAUGAAGCCACGGUCGCAGUGGAUUCUUUCCUUACCUCGACCAACGACUCGCCAACUCUGGACAAGUUGACAGGUGCACACGCCAUCGCAGAACUGUGGCGUCAGGCAUUCCACCGAUACAAGGAGGUUACUGGGAUUGAUCUUGAAGACGAGAAUCUCGAUCUAUACCGUCGCUUGAAGGACUAUUCUGACAGUGGUGAUAUUGUCCAUGUCCUUGCUCGAACUGCGGAAGAGUUCGGCGUCUACCGCCAUCCAUCCGCGGAUGAUGUCCAGAGCAGGAUUCGGGGAGCGCUUAAGCCCAUUGUUCGCGCAUUCCUGAGUAUGGGUGUCUUAGAGGCAGGGGGCGAACUUGCCGCGGCCUUGCCCACUCAUGUAGGGAAGGCCCCUUUUGUGGCUAUCAUCGUACUGUUCCGCGCGACUCAAGGCGUCAGCGCUCGCUUUGACGCCGUGGUACAGCUUCUGAGGAAGUAUGAGAACUACACGCGGCGGCUCUACAUCUUCGUUGCCGUACCCGUCGGAUCUGAAUCUCAUCGUAUCAUCCUCGACAUUCUCGUAGAGAUGAUUCAUACACUUGCCCUUGUCACCCAGAUGAUGAGCAAAUCGCGGACUAAUCAUUUCUUCUCGGCGCUUAUCGGGAGAGGCGAUGAGGUCAUGGAUGCAGCUCGACGAUUGGAAGCUUUCGAGGUCCAGGAUACCCGUCUGAUACUUGUGACCAUAUACAAGGAGGUGUGCUUGUUAUCGGGGACUCUGCGUGAUGCUCUUCACCGUUUGGAGAUCUCUGUCGCCGGACUCAAUGACCGGAUGGAUGAUGUGUCUCAAGGUAUUGCAGAGAUUUCAACGAACGUGCGAACCGCUGUUGAUACCGUGUCCAUGAUGUACUCAGUCGUUGGAGCGGCAUCGAAACAAGACAGCCCACGACGCACCACGGAUUCUGGACGCAUAGCGUCGACAUCCGCUACUCGACUGGAAUCUCAGACAGAUGAGAUAGGUUUAUUUGCGAUAUGGUCUCUUUGCAUUGCGACCACCUACCGCCAUGCCAUAUCGACUCCUGGCAAUCUGACCAGCCGCGUUCUAUCCGAAUUUGACUAUCUGCCUUCAAACGUCCGCGCCGCACUCAAGCAGGGCCUCGCACUACUGUACUCUAUCACCGCCUUCGCCACGUUUGGUACCCUGGAUACCUCCACUGCUGUAGCUGCGACGAAUCCCGCGACGUUUGCAUCUGCAUUCGUACCUCUAGCGAUGGCCUAUGCUGCGGCCUUUCUUUAUGGGCUCUACCUUCCUCGCCCUCUUGGACAUUCGCGCCUCCAUACCUUCAUCCUUAUUGACAUUCUUGGUCACCCAGCUGAGAUACCUUUGGGUAUGUAUACGUCUUGGAAUGAUGUUCAUGCCUUACUCCUCAAGCGAUUCAUGCACCAGCCGGGCGCACGCUACGUGGAAUCUCGGGCAUAUAUAAUUAUGGAUACUGCGCACGGGUCAACAGCUAUCAGCCCGACGAGUUGGAUGCAAAGUGUGCGGGCAGGCAUGAUCCUCGAGAUGAGUAUUGUCGUCCGCCAGCAAUCACGGAAAUGUCCGUAUUGCGAGUGCGAAUCUGAACGCCUGAUCGACGACGCUAUUUUAAUCGAUUGCCAAGGCUGUCAAAGGCUGUACCGCUCCAGUACAACUUUCGUGGGAGUUGAAAGCGAUCCAAUGUUGUCACCAUCGGGAAGAUCUUGGGAUGGAGAAGGGCUCGACGUUGCAACAAAAUCUAUCCUAGAUGCUGCCGAUGACCCACCCGCAGAGGAGGAUAUGACACUGUUUCGAAGAAUUGCAGUAGAAAUACUGAGAAGGGUUCCACAGAAUCUCUUCUCAGAAGCGAAGGACACCCUGCACCCGGAUGGCACAACGCUCAACAUGAAUGCUGGACCAUCCAGUUACGACCCAAUCACGGUUCAUUCGUCUCUCUACAAGUGUGAGUAUUGUGGCAAAGGGUUCACCCGCCCCAGCAGCCUCAAGAUACACAUUCAUAACCACACCGGAGAACGCCCCUACAAAUGCACAUUCGGGGGGUGCGAGCGCGUGUUCAGCGUACAUUCAAAUAUGUGCCGGCACGCGCGCACGCACCAGCACCCGAAUGCGGCGGACGUGCAGGUAACGUCCGAAGACGAUCAAGACGAAGGCGAGGACUCGCCCACGGCGUCUGGCAUUGGCCGUGGUCGCUACGACAGCUCGUCGGGCCAAAGCAGUAACUGA